AUGAAGAAGGCUGAAUCUCUAGAUGUGACAAGAUUGGGGUGUUGCACAACCUCAACAGCCAACACCAUGUGUGGAAGCUACUAUGGAAACUAUUAUGGAGGCUGCGGCUACGGGGGCUGUGGCUAUGGAGGCUGUGGCUAUGGAGGCUGCAGCUAUGGAGGCUGCGGCUAUGGAGGCUGUGGUUAUGGAGGCUGUGGCUACAGAGGCUGUGGCUAUGGAGGCCUGGGCUGUGGCUAUGGCUCUUGCUAUGGCUGUGGCUUCCGCAGACUGGGCUAUGGCUAUGGAUGUGGCUCUGGCUGUGGCUCUGGCUGUGGCUACUGGUAA